CAAGAUUAGCAGAAUUUAAUAGACCAUUACGUAACAUUUUUCAUACCUGGUCCGUCGUAAAUGGUGGAAAUGAAUGGCAACAUGGUGGUAAAGUGUGAACCGAUAAGCGAGGAAGCGGAAAUAUUCAACACCCUGAUUGCCAAUGGAGACGACCCCCCGCUGCUUCAGCAGCGAGAGAUGCGGUUGCUGUGCUUGUUUAAGCUGAAGGUGGCCGAAGAAACGAUCAUGCUGUUGGAAGAGCAGCAGAUCGAUAUCGAUUGUUUGCGCAAAAUGCGCAUAGAAGAUGUGGAUACCCUGUUUGAAAGAAAACCGCUUGGACUUAAGAUUCACUUCCGCGAAGCAUUCCUUCAGUGGCGGGAAGAAAUUGGCUUGCCGUGCCAAAGCAUUAAAAGCUUGUCUACACGCAAACGUUCGGCCGAAUUUAACGAGCCCCUCCCCGAGGAUCCACCGAAACCCCAGUUGCUGGCUCAAUGGGAAGAUUGCCUUCAGCCACAAGCGUUAUUGAAUGAUAAAGAGUCAAUCUUACCGGCCGAUAAGUCUGUCGUUUCUUACCGAACAUUCGGAUGGCCAAUGACACCGAACACGUUGAGGGAUGUACUGAAUUGUAGUACGCUGGGACGUUCCAUCUUGACGAUGGGGUGCCUCGGUGGACUGGGAAAAUCAUUACAAUACAAACUUACGGCAAUCAUUAUCGAUUAUCAUAUGGAGUAUGAAGCGAAAAUCACCGCGCCUCAGCUAGAAAAUUACGCCUUCUGUAUUGCUACCCUGCUACCACACGAGAAUCCGUUGACCUAUCACAUUCCUCGUGGCCCUAACAGACACAAUCCAGGUGGUUCGCUAUAUUCCAGGUUCAUCAACCAGAAAAUCAGCAAAAAAGCUCUAGCUAUUGGCAACUCGGUCGCAGCAUCAUAG